AUGACGAAGCUGGUCAAGACCGGACGCAAACCCGGCGCGUCGGCACCUAAGGGUGGGGUCGGCAAGGGCCGCGGCGGCAAAGAGAACCCGAAGUCCUCGCAACCGCCCCGCAAGAACAGCGGCGCGUGGAAGGAUGAGUUCCGCGAAAAGUUCAAGUUCAAGUCCAAGCGCGCGGGCAAGGCUGUGAAGGAGCGGACGGAGCGCAGGUCCAUCCCCGACUUCCUCAAGCCGGAGGAUAAGGGCGAGAAGCUCACGCCCAAGCAGGUGGCGAGGGUGAUCGGCGAGGUGCUGCAGCCGGUGAGGGCAAAGUACGGCGGCCAGGGAUUCGCCAAGCCGUCGGCGUUCAUCAACGGCGCCGCGCCGGACUUCAAGGAGCAGCUCGGCGAGCUCUUCGACGAGCACGUCGAGGGUUUCUCGGGCAAGUCGUUUCGGAAGAUGGGGAAAAAGCAGGAGCAGAUGAACAUGCUGUGGAAGCAGCGGCUGAAGGCCAAGGCGGAGGCGGACGGCACCAUCGUCGCGGGAAAGAGACUUAGGGAGAAGGAGCCCGACGUCGAUGAUGACGACGACGACGGGGGCGGCAAGACACUCGCGCGCGGCGGCGUGAACUGGAAAAGGAAAGAGAGGGCGAUCGUGCCCGAUGCGACGGCGGCGGCGGAGGAGGAGGAGGAGGAAGCGCGCGACGGCGGCGAUGCGCCCAGGGGUGCGGGCGGCGGCCUCAGUCGCAAGCAGCGAACCAAGGCGGCUCAGAUGGGGAUGACGCCGGAGGCUUACCUGGAGUGGAUGCAGCGGGGCAAGGUGAAGGUGGCGGUGGACCACGACGCGAGAAACAACGCAAUAGAGGCGUACCGCGCCAUGCAGAAGGCGAAGCUUCAGAAGGCCAACCCGCGAGGCCGGCGGUGA